UUCUUUCAUCAAUGUAUCUCUCUGGUUAAAGCGAAGAGCUAUAGAUAGAGUCUUCACAACUGCUAUCAUUAACAAAGUGAGAGAGGUCACACCCUUUCCUUUAUUCUUUUCCUUUAAUUUUGGAUAUAAUUUUUGAGGGCAUCUAUUUUAGCGAAGCUUUUGUGUUUUCUGUGUAAAAAAGAGUCAUUUUUAGAGAGAGAUAAAAAAAACGGCUAAAUUUGCUUGUUUUUCGGCUGCGGAGAAGCGGAGAUCGAGGUAGGGGGUUGUAUUGGACAAGGAGAGUUACCCGUUUGGCAACCGAUUUUUGAGGGGACCUUUUGGUCAUUUCGUGGUUGCUGAUCUGGUUUUUGGAGCAGUUGCAGAAGUGGGGUUUCGAGAUUGGUGGGAUUUGAAUCCAAGCAUCUGUUGGGGAGAUUAUAAGUGGAAAAGGAAAAACAAGCAAACGAAAAAAAAAAAAAAAGCAGAAGCAAAAUGUGGUGGAUGAUGGGUGAAAAUGGUGGACAUUACUGCUCCAAGAAGACUGAUGACAUCUGCGGUGAUGUUUGUGGCCAGGACUCUGGCCGAGUUUUGAGCAUGUCCAGAAUCCGCUGUAUCCUACGUGGCAUUGAUUUAAAGACCAUGUUAUUUCUAUUCAUCCUUGUGCCAACAUGUGUCUUUGUUAUUUAUGUGCAUGGACAGAAGAUCUCAUACUUCCUGAGACCACUAUGGGAAAAACCACCAAGAAGCUUCAAUGAAAUCCCUCAUUAUUAUCAUGAGAAUGUGUCAAUGGAGAAUCUCUGCAAGCUCCAUGGUUGGAAGAUUCGUGAAUUUCCUAGACGUGUUUAUGAUGCAGUGUUGUUCAGUAAUGAGUUGGAUAUUCUCACAAUAAGAUGGAAAGAGUUGUACCCUUAUGUCACACAGUUCAUUCUUCUUGAAUCUAAUUCAACAUUUACUGGCAGUGAAAAGCUUCUCUAUUUUGCCAGCCAUCGAGAUGAGUUCAAAUUUGUUGAAUCCAGAUUGACUUAUGGAACUAUUGGAGGGAGAUUUAGGAAAGGAGAGAACCCAUUUGUUGAGGAGGCAUAUCAGCGAGUAGCAUUGGAUCAGCUUAUUAGGGUAGCGGGGAUUUCUGAUGAUGACUUGUUGAUAAUGUCAGAUGUAGAUGAGAUACCAAGCAGACAUACUAUCAAUCUCUUGAGAUGGUGUGAUGACAUACCUUCCAUUCUUCACCUUCGACUGAAGAAUUAUCUCUAUUCUUUUGAGUUUCUCUUGGAUGAUAACAGCUGGAGAGCUUCAAUCCACAGGUAUCAAACAGGCAAGACACGGUAUGCACAUUAUCGCCAGGCGGACAACAUUUUGGCAGAUUCAGGGUGGCAUUGCAGCUUUUGCUUUCGUCGAAUAAGUGAGUUUAUAUUCAAGAUGAGAGCUUACAGCCAUUGCGAUAGAGUCAGAUUCAAGCAUUUCUUGAACCCUGAAAGAGUCCAAAGAAAAAUAUGUGAGGGUGAUGAUUUAUUUGAUAUGCUUCCGGAGGAGUACACAUUCAAGGAAAUAAUUGGAAAAAUGGGACCAAUUCCUCACUCCUACUCAGCUGUUCACUUGCCAUCGUAUCUAUUAGAAAAUGCUGCUAAGUAUAAAUUUCUCUUGCCUGGGAAUUGCAUGAGAGAAAGUGGGUAAUUUUCUUAGAUAACUUUCUUUAUCUAUUUCUGUAAAGCGUAGGCAGAGGUGCAGCUUGUGAGACUCCUUGUGAAGGUCCAAGCGAACAUGUGACAACUGUGAUAUGUCACUGGUGCAGUCCAACUAAAUUUGGGAAAUGUUUGGAGAGUUGGGUGAAUUCUUGGAUUUUAUAGGGUCAAAUUAUGUAUAUAGUUUUCUUCUGGUUUUGGAUUUUAUUCAAGGCAGAACAUAUCCAUUUGACCUGGUGAACUUGCUGUGAUGGUAACGGCCAAGUCAUUACUGGGUGUUUGUGUACUUCUUAGCAUGGGUAGAACUUGAUUUUCCAAGUACUCCAAAAAAUAGUUUGAGGUUCUGAUUUCCCCUUAUAGGGGAGUUUUGUUAUGAGAUGAUUUAUUCCUACAUGUCAUUAACACCAUGAUUCAUUAUAUUUGAUUGCAUUUUGAUCCGUUUUGAUCUCAAUUCUCUGUGUGCUUGUGCAUGUUUGCAAAUUUUUUUUUUUAAUUACAGCAGCUUUAAUAGUUAAUACCAAACUGACCCUUAGAUUGGCACUAUAAAAAUGGAGGCAAUUACAGAACUUGAAGUCUGUCUCCACUCUCCACCAUUGAUUGGAGGAGAGAAAAAUAUAAGGUAUACAAUGCAUCAGGACAAAGAAACCAGUUUGCAAACAUGCUGCAAGAUUCCAUAUGUCUGGUUAUCGGUACAUGUGGAUUUUUGCAAUGUUUCUUUCUUUCCUUGUUAAAACUGAUGUUUAUGUCUUCCUAGAUUUUUGACCGUUAAGCUGUCAUUUACUUUGUAUUCAUCAAGGUCACAUAUGUCGGAACUUUUGGUUUGGUUUGCCCUGUAAUGUGGACCAUCUCUAAAAUGGUUUUUCCAAAUCUAGUUGAACUUUGAGAGGUAGGUCCUAGCCUCUCUGGCAAUGAAGCUGGCAGUAGAUCUGCAGUUAUUCCCCUUUUGCAUCAUCAGCUUCUUUGCUCAAGGUAGACCUGGUUAAGGUUGGAUUGAGAAUUGAAAUUGAACAUAAAUUGAAAUCGAAUGGUUUGAUUUAAUCAAACUAAAAUCGAAUUAAAAUUUUGCCAAAAUUGAAUUAAAAUUAGAAUCUUUAUUAUUUUGAGUAUAAUUCUCUUAAAUUUUAAAUCGAAAAUUUCAGAUGCUGUUCAGUCUAUUGGCCACACCUAGUUUAAGGUGGUGGCACCUGGGCCCUACAUUUUGGUGCUUGUUAAUAGGCUUAAUUGGAAGCAAUUAAGAAUCUAUCAACCUGGUGGCAUCCAUGGAAAAGAUUGAAAAAAAAUUGGAAAAUAAAAAAUAAGGGAAGAAUAUUUGCAUCUCUUUGUAUUUAUUUUAUGAGGAGUUAGUUGGCUGGCAGGGCAAGGGAAGGGAAGGCCGGAUUGGCAUUGAAACCCCAAGUGGUUGGGAUUAAAAAUGCAACUGGGUCCAUGCCACGUUUCAUAAACAUGACCAAAUUUAUUGUGAAAAGGCUACAUCUGGGGCAAAUAGAUGCCCAGUGAAAUGUAUAUGGGGAAUAAAGCCAGUUUCUUUGUGUAGGACAAGAAAAGAUGGAGAAAAAAAAUAUUAAGAAAAUUCAUUAUACAACAAUGUUCAUUUCUUUUUUUCCCUCCAUACUGAAGGGCCUGUAAAUCUUGCUUUAAAGAUCGUCCUUUGCCUCUCAUAGCUCCAACUCGUCCUUAAGCAAUUAUGACAAAAAUUUUCUUUCUACAAGACAAUUGCUAAUGUAAGGCUUUGAUCCAAAAAAUUUAAUGAUUUAAAGUUUUAAGUCACUUGAGCUUCAAGUGAUACUCUAUGUAUAUUCAACAUGUUAUAUUGCACUGAUAAUAUUUCCUGGAAAAAACAAAAGAAAAAGAAAAAAAAAGGGUGUUUCGAGGAAUGUGAAACCAUGGCACUCCUGGAAAGCGUAGCGUCCACUCAAUUUGGGGAUUACUACUAGUGAAUUUAAAAUGAAAAAAUUGCAGUCGUGAGAAUGAGAUGCAAUCUUAUCUAUAUUAAAAAAAAAAAAAAAAAACUUGAAGCUUAUAAAUAUCACUUUGAUCCACAAGGAAAUGCAUAGCCAAGAAACCCAAAUCUUAUAUUUUUGUUGCUAGUGAUUAUUAAUCAAGUUUAACAAAAAUGAGAAGAAGUCUGGGGUUCCAACAGCAGAACUUUUCCAUGCAAGAAGAAUCAUGGUACUCUGAGAGUGAGCAUUAUAGCCAUGGCUCUAGCAUGCAGAUGCUGCCUAGGCCUUGCUCUCCUAAGCCCUCAAAGCACCAAACAUUGCUCAAUAAUGGAAGCAACACCAUGCGCCAGCACCAGUAGGAUAGCUUUUAUGGUCAGAACAUGCACCAAAAUGGUUGGCAUGGCUCCUCCAAUGGUUGCUUCAACCAUGCCUCAGGUGGCAAAGUGAAGCCUGUUUUUGGCAUGGAUGAUACCCUAUUUUCAUAGGAUGGCAUGUUCAACAAUGCAACUGUGGAUGCCGAAUUCAGGAUCAGCACAGGCAGUGAAAGUGGAGGAAAUGAGGUAUGAGCAUAGCAGUUGGGGUACUGAUGGUGGCCACUGCCAAACAUUUGAUGAUAACUUCAAUUGGAAGCUCAAUGGCUGCAAAAAUUUCUGAGGUAAAUGUCUAAGAGGGGAAGGAGGUUUAACAGAGGAGCUGGCAUUUAUAAAAAAUAAAACUGUGCUUGGUGUUAUUUCUUUGGCUAGACCUGUAAACUCCCUGAUGAAUUCACUCAUAAAACUAUGAUAUAUGUAUCUGUUGAUUUCUAUAUUGCAACUAAAUAAAAACUAUUAAAAAAAAAGGCCACUAUCUGCAGUAAAGAAAGCUUCUUGGAUGAAAAAACUUGGUGCUUCAAGCUUUAUAGCACUUCUCAAUCCAGAAUUUGGUGAAUUGAAACUUGACUAUUGCUUACACGAAGUAUAUCUAUAAGAUUCUCAGUUAUUGCUUAUCAAAAAAAGAUUCUCAGGUUAUUCUGAAAUUUCCUGACAACCAACCUGAGAGCUUGUCAUGACAGUAACAUUAUUGCCUGUGCCCUAUAUUGUUACUGCACAGUCCAUCCUUUCAUUUAAAAAGCUGCCCUGCUACAAGUUUUGCUAGUCUAAGCAAAUCAAUCUGGAUGAACAAAAACUCCUGAGUUUUGACUCGGUGUUAUUGGAGUCAACUCGGUAGUUCAAAUAAGAAAUUGGUGAUGAACAAAAGCUUUUAAUUAAACUCUGUUUCAAUACACUAGUAGUGCAACCCACAGAUUGGUUUUUUUAUUCACCACUUACAAUUUGCUCUAGAAAUUUCAAGAACUAGAAUCUUGGCCGUAAAAAUUUGAUAACGUUUGGCAUAGGUAAGCUUGGAUCCAAGUUGCCUCUAGAACCAAACAAGCCUACUGAUUCAAGUCACAAAUUUGGUUAGAACUUCACCAGAAUUUCACUUGAAAGGUUUGCUAAAUGACAAAUUAGAACUGGAUAGUUUCCAUCCGCUCAUUGUUUCCUCUACUACAUAUUUAUGGGCACAUGGAGAUUAUCCCACACCAACACAGGAUACUCCAGAGAAAAGGCAUAAAGAUACAAAAUGCUUGCUUUUAGAAAUUCCCCAAUAAUAUCUCAAUUUGGUAUAAAUACAAAGCUCAUUUCUUCACUUUCCAGAUUCUCUUGUUUAGAAACUUGGCUAGAAAUUACAUCAUCCAUGUGAAGGUAUCAGAUUCAAUGUUAUCUUCUGGAAAUAAAACUGGACUAUAAAACCCCAGUUCUUGACACAAGAUACAAUCAAUAGAUAGAGUAGUUUCAGAGCCUGUCCAUAAGCAACCAAAAGUGACAGAAAAUGUCCUUCUACCAGAAUCAUCAUCAUGCCAAACGCCCUUACAAUAGGGAGGAUUCAUAUGACAGCUUCCAGGGCUCAUCAUUCAACAAUGGAUUUGAGUAUUUUCUUGAUCCUCCAAUAAGGAAUCAGGUUGGGGUUGCAGAAUAUCAUCAGAAAGCAACUGUUUGUGUUAGGGUGGGUGAUACAGAAAUCUGUAGUGAAAGUGUUGAUGCUGUAACUGAGGAGUUCAUUAAGUUAGAGCAUAAGAAGUUCUGAUAUAACAAGCGGAUGUGUGUCACAAGCAGCAUCUAUCCAUGCAGUAUGCACUAAAGCAUCAGUCUGGGUAAUUUCUACCCAGCCAUAAAUAACUUUGUGUGCAAAUAAGGCCAGCUAUUGACGCCAUAUAUAUUAUUAGUUUCUCAAUGCAAGUAUAGCCUUUGCAUUUCCUUA